AUGUGCAUGGGUGGAGUACUCUCUCGCACUUGGACCACUGGCUUGACGGUGCGCAGCCACCUCGACGGAGCCUCUGUUGUAGGCAGCCGGGUGAUGUGGAAACCGGGCGUCACGGUCGAGCAGCUUGACGGCGGUGACGCUGGGCUGUGGCAUGCUGCCCAGGCCUUCCUCACCCUAUCCACAACAUCCUCCUCUGUGUUCCUGAUCUUUGCUCCCAAGUACAGGAAGCCAUCCACCAAUUCAAUUGGCUUUCCACCAACACUCACGAUCCCCUCUGGCACCCGAAAUUCACUUGGAUGGAUUGGGCUGAAUGAUAAGAAACAAGAAGGAACAUUUGUCUGGGUCGACGGGACGGAGAAGAAUUACACCAACUGGUCUGGAUCAGAGCCCAAUGAUGCUAACAAUAACGAGGACUGCACUCAAAUGUGGAGAGGUGGAAGGUGGAAUGAUUUGAUCUGCACGAGAGCACUGAAUUAUUGCUGCAAAAGAGCUGGACAAGCUUUGGCAGUUAGGAAUUGCUCAACUUCUAUGCCUCCAGAAUGGAAAGACUAUAAAGCGCGCAGUUGUGGUGACCUCAUCACACUGGACAAUUUGGCAAAGGUCCAAGUUGGUGUUGGUAAUGUGAUUGAGGUUGCAGAAUUUCUUGCUAAUCAAACAACGAAUAUUCCCAGUGACACAGAGAGCUUUGAAGCCAUUUCCACAAUUUUAAUGAACGUUGUUGGCGUUGGAUCGGGAGAGCUAGAGGUGACUGAGUUAGUUGUUGAGACUGUCCAUAACGUCAUCAAGGCAGACCCUACCUCUCUGAAUGCCGUUAACUCCUCAUCAAUCGUCCAGUCCAUCGAGAAUCAGGUUUCCUUGACUCUGAGACAAGAAAGUAGCGUCAGUAUAUGUCAGGACACCAUACACGUCGAGGCGGUAAGUUGGGACACAACGGAGGCCAACGGUGGAUUGGUUUUUGCCUCCAUACAGUCACGUGACCAACAGGAGUCAUCACAAGAGACCACACUCGCUGGUACCCAUGUCAGAGUGUUUCCGAACACCAGCGAGAUUCCUGACGAUGUUGAUGUGGUGGCAUCUAUUCAGUUACCAGAGAAUAUUGUUCAGUUGCUGGAGUCUACUAAUAACAGUGCGACGCAGGUGCAGGCUAGUUUCUUGAUCUAUGGUGAUGACACAUUGUUUCGGUCAGCUCUGCUCAGAGAGUAUAAUGAGAAAAAUCUCUCUGAACGGAGAGUUGCUGCUCCUGUCCUAUCAUUGACUGUGGAGAAUGUUGAAUUGGUGAAUCUUACGGACCUGGUGGUGAUCGAAUUUAAGGUAAAACAACUCGAUUCCCAACAAUACCUCGGAGGAGGUUCUGAGCAACUUCCAGUGUGCUCCUGGGAUUUUGAAUCGGGAGACAGUGGCGGCGAUUGGUCGAAUGCUGGCUGUCAACUCGAAGAGUUGACCAAUGAAACUGCGACUUGCGAAUGUAACCAUGCAACUAAUUUCGCUAUCAUUAUGGAUGUCAGAGGUCAAAGACCUGACGAAGGUAGCCCGGAAGCGAGACUAGCGCUGGACAUCAUCAGUCAAGUUGGCUGCGCCUUAUCUAUUGCUGCUCUGGUGAUCACACUGAUCAUACACCUUUUCAUAAAGAAACUACGCCAGGGCAAGACUCGGCAGAUCCUUCUUCAGUUCUGCUGUUCUUUGUUGGCAUUGUACAUCGUGUUCCUCGCUGGUGUGGAUAAUGCAAAGGGCAAUGUGUGUGUGUUUGUGGCUGCUUUACUCCACUACUUGCCUCUUUCGACUAUGAUGUGGAUGGCCGUUGAAGCCAGGAACAUAUACGUCGGUACGGUGAAGGUGUUUCCAGAAGACUCGCCUCGAUACAUGCUCAAGGCUUGCCUCGUCGCCUGGGGAUUUCCUGCUAUAGUUCUAGCAGUAACCUUGGCAACGGCUCUGAAUCAGUACAAGAAUGAUCACUAUUGUUUCCUUGAGCCUGGUCUUGUGCUGUACCUCGGCCUUCUUGCUCCCAUUGCUCUCAUCCUCAUCCACAACAUCAUCACCUUCAUCUUGGUCAUGCGCAGUAUCCUGAAGGUCCAGGAGGCAUCCCGCUCCCAGCAGAUCUCUAAACGCCUCCAGAAUGCCGUGGCAAUCUCCACCCUCUUGGGCUUGACCUGGUGUUUUGGGUUCCUGGCGAUCAGUGAUGCGACAUUCGUCUUUCAGCUCAUCUUCUGCAUUGCCAACUCCUUGCAGGGCGUUGUUGUGUUUGUCAUGUUCUGUCUUCGCCGCGACGAGGCUCGGGCAGCUCUUGCUCCGUGUAUGAAGCGUGUCUGUUGCUGUUCAUGCCGUGAGCUCACCCAGCGUGCUGCUAAGUCUACCGAGGCGGACGCGAUCUCCUCGUCUGCUCCCACUUCACCAACCGAUCAACAGAUCAUAGAUAAUCCUAUCUACAUCUCAGGAGACGUGGCGUAUGAGACUCGAAUCACCGAUUAAGCUCGCUUGACUUUGUGAGCCUUCGACCCGGGGUAAGGUUGUUAUUAUUGCACUCUCUUCUGUUGAAUCCGUGGGUUGAGGUUCGAAUCUCCGCAGCUAAUCCUUUGCACUGCAUCCCUAAUUGAGGUGCAUGUUUAUGUCCCACAAUGACAGCGUGAAUUAUUGUAACAAAACCACAUACCCACAAUAUGGCUGCUGAGUGUAAGGUGCA